CGUCUACCGAGGAGUCUGUCUUUAAAUACCAGGGAGACUCCCCCUCUGCAGCACCACUUCUGCGGAAAAGCUGCAUAGGACCAGAUACAGCUUCGUGUUUCCACCUGACUAUCUAAAGCCUAAAGAUGUCCACCAAGGAGAAGCUGAUCAGCCAUGUGAUGAAGGAGGAGCCUGUCGGCAGCAGGAGCAAGGUGACGGUGGUGGGUGUCGGCAUGGUGGGCAUGGCCUCUGCCAUGAGCGUCCUGCUCAAGGACUUGUGUGAUGAGCUGGCCCUUGUUGACGUGAUGGAGGAAAAGUUGAAGGGUGAGGUCAUGGACCUGCAGCACGGCUCCCUCUUCCUCAAGACACACAAGAUUGUAGCUGACAAAGACUACAGUGUGACAGCCAACUCCAAAGUGGUGGUGGUGACGGCCGGUGCCCGCCAGCAGGAAGGCGAGAGCCGCCUUAACCUGGUGCAGCGCAACGUCAACAUCUUCAAGUUCAUCAUCCCAAACAUCGUCAAGUACAGCCCCAACUGCAUCAUCAUGGUGGUUUCCAACCCAGUGGACAUCCUGACCUACGUGGCCUGGAAGCUGAGUGGUUUCCCCCGCCACCGCGUCAUUGGCUCCGGCACCAACCUGGACUCCGCCCGUUUCCGCCACCUCAUGGGAGAGAAGCUCAACAUCCACCCUUCCAGCUGCCACGGCUGGAUCGUCGGAGAGCAUGGAGACUCCAGUGUGCCUGUGUGGAGCGGUGUGAAUGUUGCCGGAGUUUCUCUGCAGGGCCUCAACCCAAAGAUGGGGGUCGAGGGUGACAGUGAGAACUGGAAGGCUGUGCAUAAGCAGGUGGUUGAUGGGGCCUACGAGGUUAUCAGGCUGAAGGGCUACACUUCCUGGGCCAUCGGUAUGUCUGUGGCUGACCUGGUGGAGAGCAUCAUUAAGAACCUGCACAAAGUGCACCCUGUGUCCACACUGGUCCAGGGCAUGCACGGAGUGAAGGACGAGGUCUUCAUGAGCAUCCCUUGCGUGCUGGGCAACAGCGGCCUGACGGAUGUGAUUCACAUGACACUGAAGGCCGAAGAAGAGAAGCAGCUGGUGACCAGCGCUGAGACCCUGUGGGGCGUACAGAAGGAGCUCACCCUGUGAAGAGCGCUCCUCUGAAGCCUCCAAUCCACGCUCCACACUGUGUGGUUGUCUCCCUCUUACUGUACCUCCUUUGCUCCUAACUGCAACAGUCGAAUGAAACUUCUGAGUGUCUGAAAAAGGCUAAGUGUUUGUAGCUAAACUAGGGGGAGCUAGAUUUUCCCUUCAGAUAUUCACAUAUCGGUGUCCUUUUCCUUUGCUGCCUCCCUCCUGUCGGCCUCCAUCAGUGACUGAAUCUCUGGAACCUAACUCCCACCUUCAGCCUUUGAGCUCAGCCUGCGAGCUCAGCCUGCGUUUAGAUGGAAUGAUGUGUCUAUUUGUUGUCCUGUCCACAUAAGAAGGCCUUUUACAGAUUGAGCAUUUACAUUCUACGGACUGCAUGUUAACCGUGCACUGUUGCUUCUGUACACUCCAUGUUGGUAGUUUAUAUUUAUUCUGUGAUUGUUGCCGGCUGUUUUUCUCCACUUGGUAAUCUCUGUUUUUUUUUGUUUAUUUAUAGUAUAAUGGAGACAUUCCAUUCCCUAUGAGGAGGCCUUCACAUCCAGCUAUACUCACAAUGAAACAGCUGCAUAACACUGGGCCAAAAUCCUGUGACACCAAAGUAGCUUAUCAUUUGAGACAGGCUAUGCUACGUUUACUGGUUGGCAUUGAAGCCUUUGUAAACAAGCAAAACCACAAGUGCACUGACAGAUAAACAACGUAAGGUUACAUCUUAAGACUUACUAUUAUUUAAAUCAGCUAAGAGAUAACAGAGAGCCAGUGGCAAAUAGUCGGCUACAAUCACGGCCUAGGGUCAGGUAACGCAUCGUAACACAAGGUAAUAAUCUUGAAGGUGUUUGUUUGUUAGCACACACUAAACACCGUCAAAGGGUUUUGUAUUUAUUUUACUCCAACUUACUCUGGAAUAGAGUACAUCAAGAGAAAAAUGAUGGUAUUAUUUAUAGCUGUUAAUACUGUUAAGAUCUAUUUAUGUAUUACUGUUACAACUUCAGACAUGGUUUAUUAAUCACCGAACUCACUGAGGAACUGAACCUGUCAUGGCAGCUGGAAAUUGUUUUUUUUAAUUUGCCGUAACAUCCAAUAAAUCUGCCAGGAUCGUGAUACAAGUCU